AAGGCCAGCCGACGUCACUCAUCAGACCGCUGGCUGACGGCGCUCGGAACCUCCAGCUCGUCAAUCUGUGGCCAGCGGCGACAGAGGCGACCGGCAAAGUGCUCCCAACCUUCUACCAGCUUCUUGACGCACUCCACUGGCCUCCUCCGCUGCCAGAACGAAAAGCACACCCGAUCACCCUCGCCCACCCCGGACGAGUUGCAGGCAGCGGCUCCAACUCGAGCGCAAAAUCCAGGCUAGCUGCCCCCGCUAGCCUUCGAGAGGGUGGCCGGGCUGUCCAUGCAUCCGGGGAGCCCCCGAGGCAGCCCCGGACUGGCUGGGUGAAGACUUGAGCCUUGACACUCAGCGCGCUGUUUCGCACGCAGCGGCAGUGGAUGCCCUGCGAGGAGCAUCUUCUCGCCUGUCUGCAACUAAUCAGCGUGACAGCUCCAAGAGGCGAUUGAUGACUAAUUUUCUCUUCGGAUAAACCACAACAAUGUUGCGCACAGCGGCCAACGUGCUGGUAGCAGGAUUGCUCGUCUUGGGAAUGUUGCACAGCUCGGAAGUCGUUUCACCAUCCAGGGCUGUUGAUGCUCCAAAGACCUGCAGCCCGAAGCAAUUUGUCUGUAAAGAUGGCGUGACGUGCAUCUCAAAGGGAUGGCGCUGCGACCGCGAGAAAGACUGUCCGGACGGCUCGGACGAGGAGCCGGAUAUUUGCCCGCACAGUGCCGUGUUAAAGUGCCCGCCGAACGAGUACCAAUGCGGCGGGACCGAGCUUUGCAUCCACAUGAGCAAACUGUGCAACGGAGCUCCGGACUGCACCGACGGCUGGGACGAGGGACCUCACUGCCGAGAGUUUAUAUCCAACUGCUCACUCAUGGGCUGUCAGGAUUAUUGCGCAGUGACUCCAGCAGGGCCGGCUUGUUACUGUGAAAAAGGUUUUGCGAUCAGCUCAGAUAGAAAAACAUGUGAAGAUUUCGAUGAGUGCACUGUGUAUGGGACGUGCAGUCAGUCCUGCACCAACACUAAAGGCUCUUAUUCUUGCUCCUGCGUGGAGGGCUACCUGCCACAGCCGGACAACCGCUCCUGCAAGGCCAAGAAUGUCCCGGUGGACCGUCUACCUGUACUGUUGAUCGCCAACUCCCAGAACAUCCAAGCCACCUCCUUGAGUGGCACCACAGUCCACAGCCUGCUGUCCACCAGUACCAAGCAAACCACAGCCAUGGACUUCCUGUACGCUCAGGAAACGGUCUGCUGGAUCCAUGUGGGAGAAUCCCCCUCGUCCACGCAUCUUAAAUGUGCCAAGAUUCCCAAUCUUAAGAGCUUCACUGAGGAGAGAGUCAUCAACAUCUCUCUCAGCUUGCAUCAUGUGGAGCAGAUGGCCAUCGACUGGCUCACGGGAAAUUUCUACUUUGUGGAUGAUGUGGAUGACAGGAUAUUUGUGUGCGACAAAGAUGGACAGACGUGUGUCACCCUUCUGGACCAGGAGCUCUACAACCCCAAAGGCAUUGCCUUGGACCCCACCAUGGGAAAGGUGUUCUUCACCGACUACGGUCAGAUUCCCAAGGUGGAACGAUGCGACAUGGACGGCCAGAACCGGACCAAGCUCGUAGACAGUAAAAUUGUCUUCCCGCAUGGGAUCACACUGGAUCUGGUCAGCAGGCUGGUAUACUGGGCCGACGCCUAUCUGGACUACAUCGAGGUGGUGGACUAUGAAGGGAAGAACCGACACACCAUCAUUCAAGGCCUUCUGAUUGAGCAUCUGUACGGGCUGACUGUGUUCGAAAACUACCUCUACGCCACCAACUCGGACAACGCCAACAUGCAACCCAAGACCAGCGUGAUACGGAUCAACCGAUUCAAUAGCCCAGACUACCAAGUGGUGACACGUGUGGACAAAGGAGGCGCGCUGCAUGUCUACCAUCAGCGGCGCCAACCGCCAGUCCGAAGCCACGCGUGUGAGGUGGACCAGUUUGGGAAAGCGGGAGGUUGCUCCGACAUCUGUCUGCUGGGAAACGGACACAAGACCCGCACGUGCCGCUGUCGUUCCGGAUUCAGCCUGGGAAGCGAUGGCAAGUCUUGCAAAAAGCCCGAGCAUGAGCUUUUCCUAGUCUACGGUAAAGGUCGCCCGGGGGUCAUCAGGGGCAUGGAUAUGAAUGCCAAGGUUCCCGAUGAGUACAUGAUCCCUAUUGAGAAUCUAAUGAAGCCCAGAGCUCUGGAUUUUCACGCCGAGAGUGAGUUUAUUUACUUCGCCGACGCCACCAGCUAUAUCAUUGGGCGGCAGAAGAUCGAUGGGACUGAGAGAGACACAAUUCUAAAAGAAGGGAUCCACACGGUGGAAGGCAUCGCCGUGGACUGGAUGGCAAACAAUUUGUACUGGACCGAUGACGGGCCCAAAAAAACCAUCAGCGUGGCUCGGCUGGAGAAAGCCUCGCAAACUCGCAAGACUCUCAUUGAAGAUAAAAUGACUCACCCUCGCGCAAUCGUGGUGGACCCUCUUCACGGGUGGAUGUACUGGACAGACUGGGAGGAGGAUCCCAAGGAGAGCAAACGAGGAAAAAUUGAACGCGCUUGGAUGGACGGCUCCAACAGGGACGUUUUCCUCACGAGCAAAACGGUGCUGUGGCCCAACGGCCUGAGUCUGGACAUCCCGCAGGGAAUCCUUUACUGGGUGGACGCCUACUAUGACCGCAUCGAGAUGGUUUACCUCAACACCUCAGAACGCAAGACGGUGUACGAGGGCCAGGAGCUGAACCACGCCUUUGGUCUCUGCCACUAUAAACACUUUUUGUUCUGGAACGAGUAUCGCAGUGGCAGCAUAUACAAGUUGGACACCACCACGAGCAUUGCCACCCUACUGCGCAAUGAAAGGCCGCCCAUUUUUGAAAUACGCAUGUAUGAUGCUCAGCAACAGCAAGGUUCGAAUGCGUGUCGUGUGCACAACGGAGGCUGCACCAGCCUGUGCUUGGCCAUACCGGGAGGUAGGCAGUGUGCCUGCGCAGAGGACCAAAUACUCGACCCCACUGACAACACCAGCUGCAAAGCCAACCCGUCUUACGUGCCGCCUCCUCAGUGCCAGGCCGGAGAGUUUGCCUGUAAAAAUAAUCGCUGCAUCCAGGAACGCUGGAAGUGCGAUGGCGACAACGACUGCCUGGACAACAGCGAUGAGGCUCCCGACUUGUGUCACCAGCACACCUGCCCUACUGACAGAUUUAAAUGCCAGAACAACCGUUGCAUUCCCACGCGCUGGUUGUGCGACGGCGACAAUGACUGCGGCAACGAUGAGGACGAAUCCAACACCACCUGUUCAGCUCGCACAUGCCCGCCCAAUCAGUACUCGUGCGCCAGCGGGCGCUGCAUACCCAUCUCCUGGACGUGCGACCUGGAUGACGACUGCGGGGAUCGGUCCGAUGAGCCUGCCUCUUGUGCCUACCCCACGUGUUUCCCCCUCACCCAGUUUACAUGCAACAAUGGACGUUGCAUCAACAUUAACUGGCGCUGUGAUAACGAUAAUGACUGCGGGGACAACAGUGACGAGGCCGGCUGCAGUCACUCGUGCUCCAGUGCUCAGUUCAAGUGCAACAGCGGUCGAUGCAUCCCCGAUUAUUGGACUUGUGACGGGGAUAAUGACUGUGGGGACUACAGCGAUGAAACCCACGCAAACUGCACAAAUCAGGCCACUCGUCCGCCAGGAGGCUGCCACACGGAUGAGUUCCAAUGCCGCAUGGACGGCCUGUGCAUUCCCCUGCGUUGGCGCUGCGACGGCGAUACCGACUGCAUGGACCUGAGCGACGAGAAGAGCUGCGAGGGCGUCACGCACAUGUGCGACCCGGCGGUCAAAUUCGGUUGCAGGGACUCUGCACGGUGCAUCAGCAAAGCUUGGAUGUGCGACGGAGACAGCGACUGUGAGGACAAUUCGGACGAAGAAAACUGCGAAGCGCUGGUGUGUAAACUGUCUCACCACGUGUGCGCCAAUGACUCCACCAUCUGCCUGCCUGCAGAAAAACUUUGCGAUGGCACGGAACACUGCCCAGAUGGCUCUGAUGAGAAACUCUGUGAUUUGUGUUCACUGGACAAUGGCCACUGCAGCCAUAAUUGCACAGUGCUCCCCGGCGAGGGUGUGAUUUGUUCUUGCCCGCUUGGCAUGGAGCUGCAUUCAGACAACAAGACCUGUCAGAUCCAGAGCUUCUGUGCCAAACACCUCAAGUGCAGUCAGCGCUGCCGACAGGACAAGUUCAGUGUGAAAUGUUCUUGCUACGAAGGUUGGGAACUGGAACCCGAUAUGGAGAACUGCAAGAGCACCGAUCCUUUUAAGCCCUUUAUCAUUUUCUCAAAUCGACAUGAGAUACGCCGCAUUGAUCUCAAUAAGGGAGAGUUCAGCGUGCUGGUGCCCGGUUUGAGGAACACCAUCGCUUUGGAUUUCCAUCUGAGCCAAAGUGCUCUCUAUUGGACCGACGUUGUGGAGGAUAAGAUCUAUCGUGGGAAGCUAUCUGAGAAUGGGGCUUUAACCAGCUUCGACGUGGUAAUCCAGUACGGGCUGGCGACCCCCGAGGGCCUGGCGGUAGACUGGAUAGCGGGAAACAUUUACUGGGUGGAAAGCAACCUGGACCAAAUUGAGGUGGCCAAGCUGGAUGGCACCAUGAGGACCACACUGUUAGCCGGAGAUGUGGAGCAUCCUCGAGCGAUAGCCUUGGAUCCUCGUGAUGGGAUCCUCUUCUGGACCGACUGGGAUGCCAGUUUGCCAAGAAUUGAGGCAGCAUCCAUGAGUGGCCAAGGCAGAAAGACGAUCCACAAGGAAACUGGCAAUGGCGGCUGGCCAAACGGACUCACUGUGGAUUAUCUCGAGCGCCGCAUCCUUUGGAUCGAUGCCAGGUCGGACGCUAUUUAUUCCGCCAAAUACGACGGUUCUGGGCUGAUUGAAGUCCUGAGGGGCCACGAGUAUCUGUCCCAUCCUUUUGCUGUCACCAUGUACGGCGGUGAAGUUUACUGGACGGACUGGAGGACAAACACCUUGGCCAAGGCCAACAAGUGGACCGGGAGCAACGUCACUGUCGUCCAGCGAACCAACACGCAACCUUUUGACCUCCAGGUCUACCAUCCGUCCAGACAACCUGAGGCGCCGAACCCGUGCGCAGAUGUAAAUGGCCAGAAGCCCUGCACUCAUCUAUGCCUCAUCAACUACAAUCAGACAUUCUCGUGUGGCUGCCCCCACCUCAUGAAACUUGGGCCUGACAAGCGUACAUGUUAUGAGGAUCGUCAGUUCCUGCUCUACGCUCGGCAAAUCGAAAUCCGAGGAGUGGACAUAGACAACCCCUACUACAACUACAUCAUCUCCUUCACCGUGCCUGACAUUGAUAAUGUGACCGUGGUGGACUAUGACGCUCUGGAGCAUCGCAUCUACUGGUCCGACGUCCGCACUCAAACCAUCAAGAGAGCUUUCAUUAAUGGCACUGGAGUUGAAACUGUGAUUUCUGCUGAUCUGCCCAACGCUCAUGGCCUUGCGGUCGACUGGGUGUCCAGGAAUCUCUUCUGGACCAGUUAUGAUGGCAAUAAGAAACAGAUUAAUGUUGCCAGACUGGAUGGCUCUUUCAAAAAUGCUGUCAUCCAGGGUCUGGAGAAGCCCCACUGCCUGGUGCUGCAUCCCAUUUUGGGAAAGCUCUACUGGACAGAUGGGGACAACAUCAGCAUUGCCAACACAGAUGGCAGCAACCAAAGUGUCCUAUUCACCAAUCAGAAAGGCCCCGUUGGGCUCUCUAUUGACUUUGAUACCAAGCAGCUUUACUGGAUCAGCUCCGGAAACAGCACCAUCAACCGCUGCAAGUUGGAUGGCUCCGGGCUUGAAAUACUUGAAGGAGUCAAGGGCAAGCUGACCAAGGCGACUGCUCUGGCCAUCAUGGGCGAUAAAUUAUGGUGGGCCGACCAAGGAACUGACCAGAUAGGAACGUGUGACAAGAAGGACGGCGACAAUUGGAAAGUCCUGAGGAACAGCACGUCCCCAAUGAUGCACAUGAAGAUAUACAAUGAAACUGUACAGAAAGGCACCAAUCUUUGCAGCAAUAACAAUGGUGACUGCUCCCAGCUGUGUCUCCCCACCUCCCCGACCACCAGAGCCUGCAUGUGCACUGCAGGAUACAGCCUGCGCCGAGGCCAGCAGUCUUGCGAGGGUGUUGGCUCUUUCCUCCUAUAUUCUGUCCACGAGGGUAUCCGUGGUAUUCCUUUGGACCCGGCGGACAAGUCUGACGCACUGGUGCCAGUGUCAGGAACUUCCCUGGCCGUGGGCAUUGAUUUCCAUGCUGAUAAUGACACGAUCUACUGGGUGGACAUGGGCCUGAGCACAAUUAGCAGGGCCAAGCGGGACCAAACAUGGAGAGAAGAUGUGGUCACUAAUGGCAUCGGCAGGGUGGAGGGGAUAGCUGUUGACUGGAUAGCAGGAAACAUCUACUGGACAGACCAAGGCUUCGAUGUGAUCGAGGUGGCCCGUCUGAACGGCUCCUUCCGCUAUGUGGUGAUCUCGCAAGGCUUGGACAAGCCCCGUGCUAUCACCGUUCACCCUGAGAAAGGCUACUUGUUCUGGACAGAGUGGGGCCAGUACCCUCGUAUCGAACGUUCCCGACUGGACGGCACGCAAAGAGCUGUGUUGGUAAAUGUCAGCAUUAGCUGGCCCAAUGGGAUCUCCAUUGACUAUGAGGAGAGUAUGCUGUACUGGUGUGACGCCAGGACAGACAAAAUUGAGCGCAUCAAUCUGGAGAAUGGAGAGAACAGGGAAGUGGUGCUGGCUAACAACAACAUGGACAUGUUCUCUGUGUCCGUCUUUGAGAGCUACAUCUACUGGAGUGACCGAACUCACGCCAACGGCUCCAUAAAGAGAGGCAGUAAAGACAAUGCCACAGACUCUGUGUCUCUGAGGACCGGGAUCGGGGUGCAGCUCAAAGAUAUUAAGGUCUUCAACAGGGCCAGGCAGCAAGGAACAAACGUGUGCAAAGUCAAGAACGGCGGAUGCCAGCAGCUUUGUCUGUACAGCGGCAACGGCCAGCGCACAUGCGCCUGCGCUCACGGCAUGCUGGCCGAAGACGGAUGCGCCUGCCGCGACUACGACGGCUACCUGCUCUAUUCGGAGCGCACCAUACUAAAGAGCGUCCACCUCUCGGAUGAAAACAACCUGAACGCGCCCAUCAAACCGUUUGAAGACCCCGAGCACAUGAAGAACGUCAUAGCGCUGACCUUCGAUUACAGAGGGGGAGGAGGGAAGGGAGCCAAUCGGGUCUUCUUCAGCGACAUCCACUUUGGCAACAUCCAGCAGAUCAGCGAUGAUGGAUCAGACCGCAAGACUGUUGUCGAGAAUGUGGGCUCAGUGGAGGGUCUGGCAUACCACAGGGGCUGGGAUAUGCUGUACUGGACCAGCUACACCACUUCAACCAUCACCCGUCACACUGUGGAUCAGAGCCGUUGGGGUGCUGUUGAUCGGCACACCGUGGUCUCCAUGUCAGGAGACGACCACCCCAGAGCCUUUGUACUUGACGAGUGCCAAAGCCUGAUGUUCUGGACCAACUGGAACGAGCAGUCCCCCAGUAUCAUGCGCGCCACACUGACUGGGUCCAACGUGAUCGUGAUCAUCGGCACUGACAUCCGAACCCCCAACGGCUUGGCCAUCGACCACCGCGCUGAAAAGCUUUACUUCUCCGACGCCACCCUGGAUAAGAUUGAGCGCUGCGAGUACGACGGCAGCAGACGCUAUGUGGUACUGAAGAAUGAACCUGUGCAUCCGUUCGGCCUGGCCGUAUACGGAGACUACAUCUUCUGGACGGACUGGGUGAGGAGGGCUGUGCUCCGGGCCGACAAAUACACCGGAGGAGACAUGAAGGUUCUGCGUGCCGAUAUACCUCAGCAGCCAAUGGGAAUCGCCGCCGUGGCCAACGACACAAACAGCUGUGAGUUCUCUCUGUGCCGUGUUAACAAUGGAGGAUGUCAGGACCUGUGUCUGCUGACUUCGGAAGGGAGGGUCAACUGCAGUUGUCGCGGUGACAGGAAGCUUUUGGAAGACAACACUUGCAUAGCUCUGAACGCGACCUGCAAUCCCAUCGACGAGUUUGAGUGCGGUAACGGAGAUUGUGUCAACUACACGCUGACUUGCGACGGCAUGGCCCACUGCAAGGACAAAUCGGAUGAGAAGCAGUCUUACUGUGCCAACCGUUCAUGCAAGAAGGGCUUCAGGCGUUGCGUGAAUAGCCGCUGCGUCGGGCAUCACUCCUGGUGUAACGGACAGGACGACUGUGGGGACAAUUCUGAUGAGCUUUUCUGCAACACCACACUGUGCUCAGCCGAACAGUUUCAGUGCAGAGAUGGAAGUUGCAUCACAAACUCCAGCAAGUGUGACCAAAAAGUGGACUGUGAAGACGCCAGUGACGAGAUGAACUGCACUGCCACAGACUGUUCCAGUUAUUUCCGCUUGGGAGUGAAGGGAGUGACAUUUCAGAAGUGCGAGUUCACCACCCUCUGCUAUGACCCGGCGUGGCAGUGUGACGGGGCUAACGACUGCGGAGACCUCUCUGAUGAAAGAAAUUGCCCAGGCAGUGGAAAAACCAAGUGCCCGACGACUUUCUUCGCCUGUCCCAGUGGAAGGUGCAUCCCCAUGAGCUGGACGUGCGACAAAGAGAACGAUUGCGAGAACGGUGCCGACGAGGCUCACUGUGGUAAGUCUGCGUACUCUGAGCCGAACGACUCUGGGCGACGUCACGCUGUUAACCCGCUCCUCUUACAACAUUCAGGUAAAUUCUGCUCGGCCUCCCAGUUUGAGUGCGCCAACCACCGCUGCAUUACCAACUCAUGGGUGUGUGACGGAGCGGAUGACUGUGGCGAUGGCAGUGAUGAGGACAGUAAAUGCAAGACCAAAACGUGCAGUCCCGAAGCUUUCCAGUGUCCCGGCUCCCACAUGUGUAUCCCUCAGCGCUGGAAAUGUGACGGAGACAAAGACUGUCCCGAUGGGGCUGAUGAGAGCGUCAAAGCUGGCUGUGUCUUCAACAACACAUGCAGCAACAACGAGUUCAUGUGCCAAAACCGCCAGUGCAUCCCGAAGCACUUUGUUUGCGACCACGACAAUGACUGCAGCGACGGCUCGGAUGAGUCGCAGGAAUGCGAAUACCCAACGUGUGGACCCAAUGAGUUCCGCUGCACCAAUGGACGCUGCCUCAUUCAAAGCUCAUGGGAGUGCGAUGGGGACUUUGACUGUCACGACCACUCGGACGAAGCCCCCAAGAAUCCACGCUGCACGGGCCCAGAGAAAAAAUGCAACGACACGGCGUACGCCUGCAACAACGGGAAAUGUAUCAACGAGACGUUACUCUGCGAUCACAAAGACGACUGCGGCGAUGGCUCGGAUGAGCUCAACUGCUUUAUCAACGAGUGCCUGAACACCAAACUGAGCGGCUGCUCUCAGCUUUGCGAGGAUCUGAAAAUAGGCUUCAAGUGUAGAUGUCACCCUGGAUUCCGGCUGAAAGAUGACGGCAAGACGUGCGUGGACGUGGACGAGUGUACAAGCACCUACCCCUGCACACAGCGCUGCAUCAACACACAUGGCAGCUUCCACUGCAUGUGUGUUGAGGGUUUCCAGCUUAGUCCAGAAAACCCCACCAUAUGCAAAUCCACAUCUGAUGAGGAGCCCUUCCUGAUCUUUGCCAACCGCUACUACCUACGUAAACUCAACUUGGAUGGCUCCAAUUACACGCUCCUCAAACAGGGGUUGAACAAUGCUGUGGCUUUGGACUUUGACUAUCGGCAACAGAUGAUUUAUUGGACCGAUGUGACCACGCAGGGCAGCAUGAUCCGUCGGAUGUAUAUCAAUGGCAGUGAUGUUCAGGUUCUCCAUCGCACAUCACUCAGCAACCCGGACGGUCUUGCAGUGGACUGGGUAGGAGGAAACCUGUACUGGUGUGAUAAGGGGCGGGACACAAUUGAAGUGUCAAAGCUGAAUGGGGCCUACCGGACAGUUCUGGUCAACAAUGGCUUGAGAGAACCAAGGGCUGUGGCUGUGGACGUACGCUAUGGGUACUUGUACUGGUCCGACUGGGGUGACACCCCUCAUAUUGGGAGGAUCGGCAUGGACGGCACUAACAGGACAGUCAUUGUGGAGGAUAAGAUCACCUGGCCCAAUGGUCUUACUCUGGACUUUGUCAACGACCGCAUCUACUGGGCCGACGCCCGCGAGGACUACAUCGCCUUCGCCAGCUUGGACGGAACCAACAGACACACGGUUCUGACCCAGGAUAUCCCCCACAUCUUUGCCAUGACGCUAUUUGAGGAGUACAUCUACUGGACAGACUGGGAGACCAAGUCCAUCAACAGAGCUCAUAAGACUAUGGGAAUCAACAAGACCUUGCUGAUUAGCACCUUACACAGACCAAUGGACGUCCAUAUUUACCAUCCAUACCGCCAGCCGGAGGUGGCGGAACAUCCCUGCCAGACGGAAAAUGGUGGCUGCAGUAAUCUGUGUCUACUCUCACCGGGAGGGGGCUACAAAUGCGCCUGCCCCACUAACUUUUAUCUAGCAGCAGAUGGCAAACAGUGUUUGUCCAACUGCACCGCCAGUCAGUUUGUUUGCAAAAACGACAAGUGUAUUCCAUUCUGGUGGAAGUGUGACACAGAAGAUGACUGUGGGGACCGCUCGGAUGAGCCCGAAGACUGCCCUGAGUUUAAGUGCAGACCAGGCCAGUUCCAAUGCGGUACAGGAAUUUGUACAAAUCCCGCCUACAUUUGCGACGGGGACAACGACUGCCAAGACAAUUCAGAUGAAGCCAAUUGUGACAUCCAUGUGUGCCUGCCCAGUCAGUUUAAAUGCACCCACCCCAGUCGCUGCAUUCCCGGCAUCUUCCGUUGCAAUGGACAGGACAACUGCGGAGAGGGAGAGGAUGAGAAAGAUUGUCCGGAGGUGACAUGCGCCCCCAACCAGUUCCAGUGUGCCGUCACCAAGCGCUGUAUUCCACGGGUGUGGGUGUGUGACCGGGACAACGACUGCGUGGAUGGUUCUGAUGAGCCUGCCAACUGCACUCAAAUGACAUGCGGCGUGGAUGAGUUCCGGUGUAAGGACUCGGGCCGCUGCAUCCCAGCACGCUGGAAGUGCGAUGGCGAGGAUGACUGUGGCGAUGCUUCGGAUGAACCCAAAGAGGAGUGCGAUGAGCGGACGUGCGAGCCUUAUCAGUUCCGCUGUAAAAACAACCGCUGCGUGCCCGGACGCUGGCAAUGCGACUACGACAAUGACUGCGGCGAUAACUCUGAUGAAGACAAGUGUGUUCCUCGCCAAUGUUCAGAGAGCGAAUUUUCCUGCACGAAUGGCCGCUGCAUUGCCGGGCGCUGGAAGUGUGACGGUGACCACGAUUGCGCCGACGGUUCGGACGAGAAUGGCUGCGAUGUGAAGUGUGACAGCGAUCAGUUUCAGUGCAAAAACGGCCACUGCAUCCCCAUCCGCUGGCGCUGUGACGCCGACCCCGACUGUAUGGAUGGUAGCGAUGAGGAAAAAUGUGACACUGGCGCGGGAAGACACUGCCCCCUGGACGAGUUUCAGUGCAACAACACUUUGUGUAAACCGCUGGGCUGGAAGUGUGACGGCGAGGAUGACUGCGGAGACAAUUCUGACGAGAAGCCAGAGGAAUGUGUUAAAUUCCAGUGUCCGCCCACGAGACAGUUCCGCUGUCAUAAUGACCGUGUGUGUCUGCCAAUAUCCAAACACUGCGACGGGAUCAACAAUUGUGGGGACAACAGCGAUGAACUCAACUGUCAACAUACUCCAUCCACACCAGUCUGCCAAAAAGACGAGUUCCAGUGCUCCAAUGGCCGCUGCAUCAGCUCUGUCCUGCGCUGCAACUUCUUUAACGAUUGUGAGGAUUACGGCUCCGAUGAAAUCAACUGCAAUAAGAAAGACACGGUGUUGAACGACUGCCGCAACAACAGAACGGUGUGCGGCGACGGCGAUGAAGCGCACUGCGUGGUCAACGGGACGAGUUCUUUUUGCUCUUGCAAACCGGGCUUCCAGUCCUAUGGCCGUAAUAGAUGUGAAGAUAAGAACGAGUGCAGGGAGUUUGGAGUGUGUUCCCACAUUUGCAACAACACAAAGGGCUCGUACAAGUGCAGCUGCCACAAGUACUUUACCAGAAUCAAUGAUACUUGCAAGGCUGACACUCAGAGACAGGUGCUGUACAUCGCCGAUGACAACGAGAUCCGCGGCCUGGACCCCUCCAUGCCAAACUGGCGCUAUGAGCAAAUCUUCCAGGGCGACGCCAACGUGCGCAUCGAUGCCAUGGAUGUGCACAUCAAGACAAAUCGCAUUUACUGGACCAACUGGCACACGGGGCGCAUAUCUUCAUAUGAAUUGCCUUCUUCUUCCUCGCCGUCACCUAACAACAACCGUAACCGACGCCAAACGGAAUCACGGGUCACUAAUGUGGAGAUCCCCGAUCUGAAGAUGCCCCGAGGCAUUGCUGUGGACUGGGUGGCGGGGAACCUGUAUUGGACCGACUCUGGUAGAGACGUCAUUGAGGUGGCUCAGCUUAGCGGAGGGCACCACCGCAAAACUCUCAUCUCAGGCAUGAUUGACGAGCCUUACGCCAUCGUGGUCGACCCUCCGAGAGGGAAAAUGUACUGGGCAGACUGGGGGAACCACCCCAAGAUUGAGACAGCCGCCAUGGAUGGAACCAUGAGAGAGACACUAGUGGAAGAAAACAUUCAGUGGCCAACCGGCCUUGCCGUGGACUACUUCAACCAGCGCCUGUACUGGGCCGAUGCUAAACUAUCGUUGAUCGGCAGCGUGAGGCUGAAUGGAAGCGAUGCAGUCGUGGCUGUGAACAUCAAGAAUAAGCUCCAUCAACCCUUCAGUCUUGAUAUUUUCGAAGACUACAUCUACGGCAUCACCUACAUCCACAACCACGUCUUCCGAGUCAAUAAAUUCGGCAAAGGUGACGUGGAGAACCUGACGACGAGAAUGAACCAUGCCACUGAUUUGGUUUUGUACCACCGCAACAAACAACCAGAGAUGAACAAUCCCUGCGACAGAAAGAAAUGUGAAUGGCUAUGCCUUCUGAGUCCAAGUGGCCCAGUGUGUACCUGUCCCAACGGACACACAUUGGACAACGGCACCUGUGUCAAGCAGCCCGCUCCUACGCUGUCUCCUAUCUCGCCUCCGAGUGGCCCCUGCCUGGUCCAGUGUCUGAAUGGUGGUAGUUGUUUCCUGAACGCUCACAAGCAACCUAAAUGUCGCUGCCAGCCCAACUACGGAGGAGAUCGAUGUGAGAUUGACCAGUGCAGAGACUACUGCAAGAACGGAGGAACAUGCGCGCCUUCGCCAACAGGCGCCCCGACCUGCCGAUGCCUGCCAGGGUUUACGGGGCCCACCUGCAACCUGCACACAUGCAAGAAUUACUGCAUGAAUGGAGGCAACUGCACCGUCAGUGCUGGCAACCAACCGUCCUGCAGCUGCCCUCAUGACUUCCUGGGUGACCAGUGCCAAUAUCGAAGCUGUGAGGGCCACUGUUUGAACCGGGGCACGUGUCUACAGAGUGCGAGUGGCUCCAAACUGUGCCGCUGUCUGCCUCAGUUCACUGGCAGCAUAUGUGAGAUCGACAAGUGUCAUUAUUGUCGCGACGGAGAGUGCAUCCCCAAGGACAGGUUUACAUCCACAGGGGAAUUCACAUGCCGAUGUGCAAAUGGAAGAAUCCAGCCCAGCUGCUACACUUGCGAUACAAAUGAAUACUGCGCAAACGGCCAGUGCUCCAUUAAUCCUCUCACCCGCCUUCCAGAGUGCAGAUGUUCUCCUGGAUGGGCGGGGCAUCGCUGUGAGUCAGUCACCAGUAGUGAAGGUUCCACCACUUCAGGAGGGCGCACAGCCUCCAUCGUGGUCCCUGUGCUGCUCCUUCUCCUGUUGGUUCUGCUGGCUGUAGGAGCGUUGCUCUGGUACAGGAGAAGGAUGAGAGGGUCUAGCCGGCCCUGCAAAACCGGCUCCCAACGUUUGCGAGCGAAGGGUUUCCAGCACCAACGGAUGACCAAUGGGGCCAUGAACGUUGAGAUCGGAAACCCCGCCUACAAGAUCUACGAGGGCGAGCCUGAUGACGACGCAGGGGAGCUGCUCGACGCGGACUUCACCCUCGAUCCAGACAAGCCUACAAACUUCACCAACCCGGUGUACGCCACGUUGUACAUGGGCGCCCAAAACAGUCGCAACUCGCUGGCCAGCACGGACGAGAAGAAGGAGCUGUUGUCUCGCGGAGAGGAGGAGCCCCUCGUGGACCCGCUGGCGUAGGCCCGCCCCGUCACGCUAUUCCAAAUACACCGCAUCUUCUUGCCUUUUAGUGAAGAAAAAAAAAAAAGUGACAAAAAAAACAACAAAAAAGUGGGAGAGAAAAGGACAAAAAAAAGUGUGAACACUGUAUAAAAUGUACAAAAAUGAAGGACUACUUUUGUAUGUGAUUGCAGUAUUAUAUUUUGUUCUUUUGAGAUUCCUCCUGUCAAAAACAAGUAACAUUUUCUAUGAGAGAUUUUUAAUUUCCACAUGUCCCUUCCCUUUUUACCUAAAUAGCCACUACCUCUGUGCAAAAUGAAAUGGAAAAUUAGAAGUCAUUAUCAUCAGAGCAGUUUUAAUUUUUGUCCCAGUAUUUUUUUAUGACUUGUAUAGAGAGCAAGAGAGGAAAAAAAGAAGAUAAAAACAAUUUCCAUUUCACCAGUGCCAAUUGUUUGUUGUUUGUGUGGACUUUGAGAGGGAAAGGCAAAACUCAAAGUUGUCCCAAUUUGUGCGGCUGUUGCCUGCCUGGCCUCAUGAGGAUCUUUGCAAGAUUGUGAGAAACAUGUCCGCGUUUGUGUACAGCAGCCGAUGUUCUUGUAACGAUUGUGUCGUCUUCCUUGCACAGAAUUCCGAUUCAAUGGUAUUUUGUAGGCUUUAUAUGGUCACGUGUGAAGCCAGCGUUGGCUUUUUAUGACUGUUUUGAAUGUGCUGACGCAAAACAUGAUCAGCUGGUCAAUACUGGGAGGACCAAAGCACAGCCAGUCUACAUGGCCAGAUGGUAUCACGUGAUUUACAGGGUCUUCCUUGAGUUGAAGGUGAGAUAGGCUUCACUUGAGGUUCUUUCAGAUGAAACCAAGAUCCUAAUGGACCUUUUCUAAAAUGUCAGUCAUGAGUAGAUUUUUACCUUAAGUGGACCGUUUUGUAACGACUGUCUUUAAGUGCAUUAAGGUCAUUUGGUAUUUGUGUUGAGCUGUGUCUAACCUCCUGUAUCUAAUUGGUGUGUCACGCCGCUGCUAAUGCUACCACUCUUGUCCUUACGCUCAAAAUGCUGCUUCUGUCAGAAAUGUGUCAGCCAUAAUCUUAGUGCAUGUAACACCAAUCUUUAAUAUCGGAAAUUAUUGACAAUGCCACAAUGUUUUAUUUUGGCAUUACCUGUCAGCAAGUGUUAUUUUACGCAGCUGUAUAUGUUUUCUAUUGUAAUUGAGAGGUAAGUACAAUCAUUUUUGUUUCCCCUGAACAGCAGUUUUGCUGAAAUUCAUUCAUUAUUGUUGAAUCGUUUUUUUUUUUUUUUUUUUAAAUGACAAUUAGCUUUUAUAGUACACAAUGCAUGGAGGCUCAGACUUUCUUCUGGAAAGAGACUAUUGUUUAAUUUUUGCUGGAGUACUUUACAAACUAAAUAACAGAUAUUGUUAUAAAUAAAUUGAAAAUUGUACAGACAAAAA